AUGUUACGGUAAGGUGAUUUAUUAAUGGCGGUUCAACGCCUCCGAGUGUGUCCUCAGGAUCCCUCGGCCGCCGCGGAAGAAGGAGGAGGAGGGAGGGGAGAGAGGCAGGCCGGAGGCCGCCGCAGCUGCGACACUUUCCGGCGUUGUUGAAGCCGAGCUCCGGUGGUGGAGGCGACACCGGCGUACAGCGGCUCCUGUCGGAUCAGCUUCCCCGGCGAGGCGGCACGGAAGCCGGCUUCAGGUCAGUCGCGCCCUCGCCUUGGAUACACUUCACACUACCGAGCUCCAGCGGCGGUACUUUGGUCGGACUCGACCCGCUCGCUACUCACUUGGCACAGGGCGACACGAGUUCCACCCGGACAGGGGGUGGUGAUGGAUGGCUUUGGGGGUGCGGUUAAAGCGUCAGGCGGGCAGGUGUUGGUCCACACUUUGAAUGGGACUUUGACAUGCAAACACCGGGCAAAGAUUACAACUAUCAAACUGGGCAUAGUUUUUCAGACAUGGUGGACACCCAGCAGCUCUUCGCCUGGCCGGUGGGCUUCAGUCUGAGCACCGUGGAUCUGCCCGAGCUGGACGACAGCAGCCACUCGGCGCACAUGACGACGUUGGACUACGCCACCAUCUCCUCCUCUUCCUCCUCCUCCCUGUCGCCCUCGCUGAUGGCCUCCAUGUCCUCCGUCGACGUGGCCUACGACCCAAGUCCUCCGCAGAGUGAGGACCGCUUGACCAACCUGGACUACACCAGCAUGCACAGCUACAGGACCCAGGCAGACGCACACAAUUUCAUCAAGCUGGAGCCAGAGUCGCCUCCUCAACAGGCCGACAGUCCAUCGGUCUCCAAGCUACCGGAAGACACCUCGACUGCAGCACUCAACAUCGAGUGCCGUGUGUGUGGAGAUAAAGCUUCUGGCUUUCACUACGGCGUGCACGCCUGUGAAGGAUGUAAGGUAAGGAAGAUAUUUGUAUGGCAAGAAUAA